AUGCCUAUCAACAUUCGCAGAGCGACAAUCAAUGAUAUUAUAUGUAUGCAGAAUGCCAAUCUUCACAAUCUGCCCGAAAAUUAUAUGAUGAAAUACUAUAUGUAUCAUAUUCUUUCUUGGCCAGAAGCAUCGUUUGUUGCUACGACCACUACUUUAGACUGUGAAAACGAAGAGAAAGAGGAUGAGAGCGAUAAACUGGAAUUGACGCUGGAUGAGACUGAUGAUAGCAGAACGAUCAAAUUGGAUCCAACAUACUUAGCUCCGGGUGAAAAAUUAGUGGGCUACGUUCUUGUGAAGAUGAAUGACGACCCAGAUCAACAAAAUGAGGCACCUAACGGUCAUAUCACGUCUUUAAGUGUUAUGAGAACCUAUAGAAGGAUGGGAAUUGCUGAAAACUUGAUGAGGCAAGCACUAUUUGCAUUGAGAGAAGUACACCAAGCGGAAUAUGUAUCCUUACACGUGAGACAAUCCAACAGGGCUGCUCUGCACCUAUAUAGAGAUACAUUGGCCUUUGAAGUGUUGAGCAUUGAGAAAAGCUACUACCAAGAUGGUGAAGAUGCGUACGCCAUGAAAAAAGUUCUGAAAUUAGAAGAGUUACAGAUAAGUAAUUACGCUCAUCGCGGUUCAAAAGAAAAUGAGGAAAAGCUAGAAGACGAUUUAGAAAGUGACUUGCUAGAAGAUAUCAUUAAACAAGGCGUGAACGAUAUAAUUGUAUAA